GGACUGAGCGCUACUCCCGACCUGCAUCUUCAAUGCUGGAACAAAAGUUUGGUGCGACAAAUAGUUAUUUAGUCUGUAGGACAGCGGUUACCUUUAUCAUUUUAUGUGAUUUUAAAUAAUUCAAAUGAAAGGUCAUCGUCAUGGGGAUACUCUCACGAACAGCAGUGUGUUAAAAAAAAAAAAAAAGUUGGCAGCCGACAGAAGGCAGAUGUCACGUGAUACAGUCCUACAGACACCUGUGGGUUUGUUACAUAACACUGAGAGCAUCCAUGCGAAACAAUGAUCGCCCUUACAGACAGAGCGUCCUACUCAUGUAUUACUACGCUUGGGAGUGAACUUGAUCUCCUGGUGGUCGUGACUACAAAUGUAAAUGUGCGCCAUGAUCGAACUGAUCCAACAAAGCAGCCGGCCAUCGAGCCGCCCAUCCACUCAUUGCCACCUACCAACAGACUAUGUAAGCAAGUAAACAAAAGUUGACGGACACCUUCCUGGCUUGUGAAGGCAGUGCACUGGCCUGUCCUUGUGAAUCAGUGUAGUGUGAUGUUCUCACACUUCCGCGUGCAUUGUUGCUGCGUGUGUUUGUCGGCCCCGCGCGCGCGCCUCCAUCAUGCGUCAGUCCUGCGGCUGCUGCAGCGCGUGGUGAGCGAGGUUAGCAGUCAUCUCAACGACCGGCAGUUCAAGUCUCGCCUGUUCUUCUGCAGGGUGCAGGCGGUCUUCUGAGCUCGUCAAAGAAAAAUUCGACGAUCAGCGACAUUUUGCUGGAAACAGUGUGAUUCUAAAUCGCCGCCAUGGAGUCGGAGAAGCAGUUGCUGUACAGAAAAGAGAAGGAGGACUCAGUCUACCGGCUUCCUUGCUGGAUUCUGGGCUGGUUCUACACCUCAGUAACCCUCUGUAUCUGGGAUGCCACCUUCAUCAUGUGUAGACCCCAUUCCUUGCCAGGAGGCAGUCUGUCUUUCAUCUGGAAGCCAUACAAGUACUACAUCACUGUGGACCAGAGAUACGCCGAUGUGAACGACCCCUUUGUCUUCGGAAUAAGUCUGUUUAAUUGCUUGGAGGUUAUUCUCAACAUCGUCACCAUCAUUCUUCACUACAGGUCCAGUCGGCACACCAUCCCGCUGGCCUUCACGGUUUCUGUCAUGACCUUCUGGAAAACACUUUUCUAUCUUUACGCCUUCUCUGACUGCGGCGGGGGAGCUCCGUACCGCGUGGGGAACUCCGCCCUCCAGGAGUUCUUCAUCUUCGUCGUGCCCAACGGCAUCUGGAUUCUCGUUCCCUUUGCCGUCAUGAUGGCGCUGUGGCCAAGAAUGGUGCCCGAGGUUUCCGAUGCAAGUCAGGGGAACGGCACCCAAGUCAGGAGCUCCAGGGUCAGCAAGAAGCAGGCUUGAGUCGCUGUCGCAGCCAACGGAUCAAUUUAUAUAUAUAUACAUGCAUUUUUAAAAUGUUACCUUGUUUUGUCAUGCUCUCCUCCCUGCAUUUUUAUACUGAAUCCUAUUCUACAUAUCAUAAUUUUUUUUUAAAUUGCAUUUAAUUCUUGCUUUCCUUUCAUCGUAAUACUUUUCUUUUAAUUUUACCGGUUUCCUCAUUCAGAUGGAAAGGUAAUCGACUCUACCUUGUUCACAGUAGACGUCAACAUUCUACACUAAAUCAAAAGCCUGAUUUCAACCAUGUCUGCCCUCAUAUGUGCCUUUUGUGUUCUGAUUAUAUCCCUUAAAGUAAACCCAAUUUCAACAUAAUGUAUAUUUUUGUGACAGCUUUCGUGGCCUAAGAUAAUAAUAAGUAGAAACGGUAUUUUAUUUAAAUUUGUAGAGGAAAACUGAAUAAUCAUCUAGAUUUAUGGAAAAUUGUGUGUCUCAUCGUAAAGAGGGUAGGCGUUUUUGUGUUUUUUAUAUAUAACUGAACAAAUGAGAAUCUUGACUUUGGUUUUUCUUUGUUGCCGCCUUUUUUACAUACACUGUGCAUGUUUUUUUCACAUUUUCAUUUUGCUUUUGACCUGGUUUAGUUCUACUUCUACUUGUAUCUGACGGAGACUAUGUGGCCUUUAUCGGAGGGUUUGAAUUAAGUAAUUCAAAAAGUCCUCUGAAAUGGAAAGAACUUGUAACGUGAAUAUAAGAAGUAUGCAAUGGAUGUGGAUCGUGUGUAACACUUGUGAUGAAAUACUGAUCUUUACAAUGAGCCUUACUGCAGAAGAACAAUUAAAGAGAAACGAUUAAAGGUGAAAAAUUACA